CGCCCCCUAGUCCCCGGCCGGCUGCAGGCGAAGGCAUUUGGGAACCCAGGGGCGGCUGCGGAGGCAUCACCUACUCCCUUACCUUCCCAGAACCGGACAAGUUCGGAGCCUGGGGCCGCCCGCACCAACCCACAUUCCUCUCCAUCCUUCCCUCCCCCUGCCUGCCGCGGCAUCAUCAGCAGCCGCAGCCGCAGCCCGGAGCCGGCAAGGCGGCCAAGGGGGGAGGGGGAGGAAGCAAGGGAUGAACGCCGGGAGGGCGUCGGGGGCCCUGAGCCGGACUAGGACGCCCCUGGAGCCGAAACUCGAGCCGGAGCCAGAACCGCACCACCGGAAGCGCCCUGGCCCGCGCUCGCCCCCCAGGGCCUCAUGUCGGAACCACAGCCUGAUCUGGAGCCGCCCCAGCAUGGGCUGUACAUGCUCUUCCUGCUCGUUCUGGUCUUCUUCCUCAUGGGCCUGGUAGGCUUCAUGAUCUGCCACGUGCUAAAGAAGAAGGGCUACCGCUGCCGCACGUCGAGGGGCUCAGAGCCUGACGACGCCCAGCUCCAGCCCUCUGAGGAGGAUGACAUGAACGAGGACACAGUGGAGAGGAUCGUUCGCUGCAUCAUCCAAAAUGAAGCCAAUGCUGAGGCCUUAAAGGAGAUGCUGGGGGACAGUGAGGGGGAAGGGACAGUGCAGCUGUCCAGUGUGGAUGCCACGGCCAGCCUGCAGGACGGUGCCCCCUCCCACCACCACACAGUGCACCUGGGCUCCGCAGCCCCUUGCAUCCAUUGCACCCGCAACAAGAGGCCCCCACUUGUCCGUCAGGGCCGGUCCAAGGAAGGAAAGAGCCGCCCCCGGCCUGGGGAGACCACCGUGUUCUCUGUGGGCAGGUUCCGGGUGACACACAUUGAGAAACGCCAUGGGUUUCAUGAGCACCAUGAUGGCUCCCCCACAGACAGAAGCUGGGGCUCUGGUGGGGGGCAGGAUCCAGGGGGCAGUCAAGAGUCUGGGGGAGGGCAGCCCAGGGCAGGGGUACCUGCCACAGAGAGACUGCCCCCCGAGAGGCCACCCCAGCCUCAGCCCCUAGCCAACCCCCCAGUGCAGAAUGGAGGUCUCCGGGACCGUGGCGGAGUCCCGUGUGCACUUGAGGGGAACCCUGGAGUCUCUGCAGAGCCAGGGCUAGUGGCUGGAAGCAGGGGCCCAAGCCCAGGGCUGCCCAGUCAAGAGGCAAAUGGACAGCCAACCAAAGUGGACACCUCAGACGACCAGGUGUCCCCACCGCGGGGAACAGGAGGUGUGUGAGCCUCAUUCUUUGCUGCUGCUGAAUGAACUACCAACUGACGGAGCCAGGGGUGGGUGGGCAUAAAGCCCCUCCCUUCCACUGGACAGCACUGCCCUGGCUGAGGGACCAGCCUUACAUCCACCUGGAGUUGCAUGGUCUCAAGCUGGGGAACCUCGGGAGAAGUGCCCCCCCAACCUACUCCUCAGUCUCUUUCCCUUCCCUUGCCUGUCAACAGGCCACCUGCCUGGCUCCCCAAGUUCCACACUCCACAUGCUUGAGCGAGGCAGCUGGGAGCAGGCCCCUGCCUUUGGCGGACCCCUAAAGCAAUAGCACCGUAGGCUGCCUGCUCUCGUGGCACAAGAGGUCCAGGCCUUGGCUUGGACUUCCUGCCCUUAUUCACUGUCAAUAAAUCUGCUCAGACCAUUA